AUGGUUAUACCAUUAUUAUCAAAAUUAUUGGAUUGCCAUUUUAAGCAUAAAGCAGCCAAUUAUCAAUAUAUCACUGAUUUCAAAAAUACAAUUAUAUUUGAAAUUAAAGAACGAUUCAAAUUUGAACGUAAUGAAACAAGUUCUGUCUCUGUCAGACAAAUUGCAUCCUUUCUAUAUCUUCGAUAUAAAGAUUUAGAGUUUGAACUCAAUUUUAUGAGAGAAAAAAUUCGUAUGGCUGUAAAAGAUUUGCUAGAAAGAUUUGACGAACAAGAAAUUAAUUUAGAACAAAUCCCACCAGUUCAAAGUGAUCUUGAGUAUUUAUACGGAAAUACAAUAACAGCUGAUGAUAAUUUAACUAAUCAACUUCAAAUUUACAUUUCUGAACAUCCAUUACGUUUCGAUCAAAAUCCAUAUGAAUGGUGGAAAUUGAGAGAAAAUGAAUAUUCAACUCUUGCAGUAUUAGCAAAACAAUAUCUCGCUAUUUUAAAUCAAACCUUUAUUUCACGUGAACACGUGAAAUAA